CCGCCGCGAUUUGAUCGCCGCUCAGUUGAUCAGAGUCACUCGAACGCGCCGCUGCUCAACCACUCGGAAUUGGCGCGAAAAGUAUAAAAAGUUCAACUUACAAGUUUUUUAUAUAGUAUACACGCUCAAAUAUUUACGUGCUGCAUCGCAUUUGUCGGCCUUUGGAAUAUUCCUAUUUGCAGAUGCUCACUAUGUGAUGUUUGAGUAGAGCUGCGCCCAGUCAGCCGAUCUGCCAUAAAAAAAAAGAAAAUAAUCCCCGGCGAAAAUGUUCUACCCAAUCUGCUAAAUAGGAAGGCCAACACAAAACGCUCAGAGAUCCAGAGGGAAUAGAAAUCUGGUUACGUGACUGUUCCGAAUGCCCGACAUGCAUUUUAGCAAUGAAACGGAAAUGAUACAAUGUCCCAAUACGAAACGCAGACUAAUCGAUCCGUCGGCUCCAAAAAACUGCAGUACCUCGUCCACGGACUCGGGUGUUGCACUGAACGAUAAUGCAGCCGCUUUCCGGCCGGAGAAGGAGACCAAAGAUCGGGGGGCGGACGAAGGGCAGUGCCAGUCGAAGCCCAAGCGUAUCAGCAUCGAGCACACUGUGAAUAUAACAAAGGAGGAUGCUGGGAAGAGGUCAUCGCCGACGGUCUCCAUACGGAGUACCACCAUCUCCGUUGUGUCCAUCGAUGAGAAUGCCAUCGACUCCAGUUGCAUUGACAGCGACUCGGAGGGCGAUGCCGAGGACUACACGGUGCAGAAGCUGGGUCACCAGGUCACCUACCCGCCCAACAGUUCCCACCUGCGCGACCUUAACCAGGGUCUGACGGUGAUCAGUCGUCAGGUGGCGCCGGGUCAGGCGGAGGUCCCGCCGCCGAAUCCCCUGGAAGCCGGCGUCGUCGCCAAGCAGAUUUUGAACGGCAACCUGGCCCUGGCCACGCCCACUUCCCCGGCGGGCGGAGCAGCCCAGGGAAUCGGCAGCAUCGCGCUGACCAACUCCACGGACGUGACCUUCGGCGACAAGCACUUCUACGAGGGACCCGUGACGAUACAGCAGUUCCUCAUCGACAAUCGGGACAAGUGGAAAGCGGGCGAGGGCCCUGCUGGGGGCCAGGAUAACCCCGCCUUCAAUGGCGGCGUCACCACAAAUGGCAGUGCGCCGGGUUCCAAGCUGGACGAUCCUGCCCAGCCACCACCCCUCUGCCCCUUUCUGCCCAACACCAUAGGUCGCAAGGCUGUCACAAUAACGGUGGUGUUCGUCCUCUUAACCAUCCUGCUGGGCAUCGUGCUGGCCACCACCACCAACCUCUUCGGCAAGACGUUGAACCAAAGUAAGCUCAGCGAUGUCGACGAUUCCAGACAAAAUAUUCCAAUCAAUUCAACAAUAGAUCUGGACAAUAUUGGAGGAGGACUGAUACUGCGGUUUGUGGAGCGUCAGCAAUGGCUCGCCCAGCCGCCACAGAAGAAGAUUCCGGAUCUGGAGCAGCCCGUGAAGCUGGUCAUAGUCCUGCCCACCAAUUCCGACGGCUGCACCACCCAGGCGCAGUGCGUGUUCCGAGUGCGAUUGCGUCAGUCCUUCGACAUAGAGUCGGUGCAGGAGGACGACAUAGUCUUCAACUUCCUGAUCGGCGGCGAUGGCAAUGUGUACGUGGGACGUGGCUGGGAUCAAGUGGGCGCCCACAUGGCCGGCUACAACUCGAAGAGUCUUAGUUUCGCCUACAUCGGCUCCUUCCAGACCACCGCGCCGUCGUACAAGCAGCUCAGCGUCACACGUCUCCUACUGGAGCGCGGCGUAAAGCUGGGGAAGAUCGCUUCCAACUACCGAUUUACAGCGGCCAGUAAGUUGGAGCCCACUCUCACCCAAUACAAGGCGGACGCCCUCUACCAGAGCUUCGGCAACUGGACUCAUUGGUCGUGAAUAAUAGCUUAGGAUAAAGGCGCAUCUCCGAUAUGUGGAUAUUACCAUUCAUUUUCGUAUUGAUAUUGUAGCUUAGGUGUUCUCCCUUAAAUGUGUGGCAUAUUCGAUUUAGCUAGAAUUACGAUUUGUUUUGAAAAAAUGUGAUAUUAAAUAAAGCAAAGUGAUUAACUC